CCUCUACCUGCUCAACACGUGAUCGUUCACCCUACGUGCGUUCUUCGGCCAACCUGUACGCUUGCCCUCGAUACCCUGCUGCCGAUCGAAAGACUCCUUGGCCGGCUCCAAAGCAUCAAGAUCAAUCCCGUUCUGCAUGAUACGAGGCACCGUAGGGCAUUGGAGGAUAGACGACGGGGAAAGUCCGGAGGGAAUAGUCCUGUUGGGACCGCCGGUGUUGUAAGCUUCCUCGCGAUUAUCGAGUCGCUGACUGGUCCUCUCUCUGAUUGGGAACUCGCAAGAGGAGGACGAGGAGGACGAGGAGGAGGGGAACCGGCGAUUGGGAGCCCUUCGAGAGUUCCAGCGUCCGGAGCUAUACGCCCCCUCGCGAUAGUUACGCUGCCAUUCAGCAGACGGCCUGCCGGAAGAGUCGACGGUCUCCAACCGCGAGAUCCUGGGCUUCUACUUCCACCUGUCUUCUGCACAUCUCUACAAGGUUGAAUGCAACCGCCAUUUCCUCACCUCUCAACAAGAGACGCAUGAACUCGACUGGCGGAAGGGCCGUCUGGACAAGUUCGCCACCAACCUACCCAUGGUAUAAGUGCACGAAACGAAUGACCUUCGAUACAAGGCAGCCUACCAUGCUGUAGAAGGAUGCUCUAUUAUCCC